UUUUUUUUAGUCCAAGCGGUGGAAAUAAGGUUGUCUGCAGUAAGGAUAGAAUACGCUGUAGAGGCAGAGAUGUGGGACCAGGGAGGGCAGCCCUGGCCGCAGUGGCCCCUAAGCCAGCAACAAUGGAUGCAAUCCUUUCAGCACCAGCAAGAUCCAGGUCAAGUUGACUGGGCAGCCCUGGCACAGGCAUGGAUAGCCCAGAAAGAGUCUACAGGAGCAGACCAGCAGAACCUCCAGCCCAAUGGACAGGAGAUCCCGGGUAUUGAACCUGUCACACAGAGCAAUCAUGGAGGGUUCCAGGGUGACCCAUCAUUUGGCAGAAUAUGGCAACCAGAAUGGGGACUGCAUGGCCAGCCUCCCCCUCCUCCUCCUCCCCCUGACCAGGCCUGGAUUCCUCCGGGAUCAGGACCGAUGGACGUGGUGAACCCCAACGAGGACAGCAACAGCCAGGACAGCCUGGAGUUCACCUCUGAAGCCCACCGCGGGGUUUACCCGCAGAACAGCCAUGGGUAUGGGGCACAGCCCGACAGCUACGCCAUGGCCCCCAUGGCCAUGAACCAGUUUGAUUAUCAGCACGGAGCUGCUCCCUCCUAUGGCCCCACUCCCACAGGCUUCCAUCCUCCGUACUGGCAGGGCCCUCCUCAGAACAGACGAGACAGUAGACCCCCUGGUUUCAGGGAUCGACCAAGGUCACCCAUUCAGCUUCCUGUAAAACAGGAGGCUCCAGCAGUGUUAGAUGCUGUGAAAAGACGCACACUGCCCGCAUGGAUUCGAGAGGGCCUUGAAAAAAUGGACAGAGAGAAGCAGAAGAAGCUAGAGCGAGAAAGAAUGGAAAAGGAGCGAGCUGAGAUGGCAAAAGAUGACGAUGUUGAGGAUGAGGAGGAUGAGGGAGAUGAUGGGCCUCGUGUUCCCCGCAGGAGUAAAUUUGACAGUGACGAUGAGGAGGAGAACGAAGAUGAUGAGAAGGCCUCCAUUAAGAAGGAGUUUGCCAGCCGGAGCCCAUCACCUCUCCCAGAGGACAGCGAACCAGAGAUGACUGAGGAGGAGCGGGAGUUCCAGUUGAUGGUUCUUACUAAAACGUUGCUAACAGAAAUCUUGCUGGAGGUAACCAAUGAGGAGAUCCAGCAUGUAGCCAAAGAGGUUCACCGCAAAGCAACCAAAGCUCCUGCAAAACAGCUGGCACAGUCAAGUGCACUGGCUUCUCUGACUGGCCUCAGCGGGCUUGGUGACUAUGGCUCAGAUGAGAGUGAGAACGAAGACGAACGUAGCAGCCGAGGUUCAGAGUCCUCCGACACAGAUGAGGAGGAGUUGCGCCACCGCAUCCGGGAGAAGCAGGAUGCCUUCCGCCGCAAAGAGCGAGAGAUGCAACAGAUGCAGGAGAGACAAGUGCCGGAGGUUGUGCACACACGUGAGGAGAUGGCGAAAGAGAGAUUGAGCAGAGAAAGGGGGGAUUAUGACGAGGGUCAGUCAGAAAAUUCACAUAAGCAGGAAGUAAGGGAAAGACAGGCGGAGCCCACAGUGGAAAGGCGUAGGUCCCGUAGCGAAAAGGAGAGCAGUGAGGGUAGGCAAACAGGCCGAGGGAAAGAACGAUCAGGGCGAGGCAGCAGUGAUUCCCCAACCAACGGUCACAGCAGCAGCUCCCGCUCCAGCUCCAGCCACAGCAGCAGUCACUCCUCAUCAUCAUCCUCUUCAUCAUCAGCCUCCUCCCGCAGUUCUUCCCAAUCCUCGUCCCCACGAAGGAAGAGAAGGCGCAGUCGAUCUUCCUCCCACAAGACUCGCCGUCGCAGCCGUAGCCGUAGCCACAGCUCACACAGGCGUCACAAUGAACGCAGUGAAAAGGCCAGGGACAGACGGAGGAGCAGCGCAGAACGCUCUGGUCGCCACAAGCAUGACCGCAGUAACUCCAGGGAUCGUAGGAGCCGCAGAAGUAGGUCCAGGGACAGAGCCAGGGCCAGAGAUAGCCGUAGUCGCAGCAGAGACAGAGAUAGGGAUAAGGAGAGAAAGAGGAGCAGAGAUCGCAGAGACAGCAGUCGUAGUCGAGCCAGCAAACACAAGCAGAGGGCUUCCAGCAAGGACAGAGACAGACGGAAAGAUCGAAGCCGCAGCCAUGACAAAGACAAGAAAAAGAAGGACAAAGACAGGGAGAAAGAGCGGGAGUUGGAUAAAAAGAAAGAAAAGCCAAAGGCCAAAGAGAAAGAAAGGGAGAAGGGCAGUUCUGUUGUGGCCGAGGAGAAUGGCAAAUCAAAGAAAAGGAGAGAGAGUGACUCUCGCGCAGACUCUCAGAGUGACAAGCACUCCCGACAGGAUAGCAAAGGCAGUAAGAAGGGCUCCACUAAAGCAAGCAAGAGGCACUCAGACUCUGACUCUAGUAGAUCACCCACCCCUGAAGUUAGUAAGGAAAAGAAAUCUAAGAAAUCCAAACGUAGUCGUUCAAGGUCUACGGAAAAAUCUCACAAGUCUGGUAAGAAGGCAAGCCGCAAACACAAGUCUAAGUCACGAUCAAGGUCAACAUCCCCUUCUCGCCGCAAUAGGCGCUGAUGAGCACAGUUAACAUCACGAUCUGUGCACCUUAUCUUUUAAAUUCCAUGAGUUGAACGGGCUUGUCUCAUUGUAGAGGCAAUGGUGUAGGUGAUGUCUCCGUUUGUCCCCCGUACACUUCUCGCAUCUUUGUAAAUAUGUGAUAUUUUCUAAAAUGCAGACUGAAAAAACAGGACAUUUUGAAUGCUAGGUUUUUUUUCUUGUAUCAUUAUGCAAAGCUAAAGACUUGGUGAUCACUCAAUACUGUUAUAUCAUUUUAAACCCAUAACAGGAUUAAAAUUUUUCCAAAUAUAAA